GAUUGCAAUGAAUUCGGCCAUAAGCUGUUAUCAGAUGAAUGCACAGUGGCUAUGCGCGCUUACAUGUAUCAGCAAGAUGAGCAAUUUGCUGUUGCAACCUGACUUGGUUGCAUAUUCUACCGUGAUGAGCGCAUGCUCGAACGCAGCGAAGUGGCAAUUUGCAAUCGGUCUGUUGGAGAAUGUAGCUGAAGCGUCGCUGCAGCCUGAUAAGCUGCUUGUCAAUGCUGCCAUGAGGGCCUUUGCUAUGAGCACAGACUGGGAAGGCGUUCUGCGUUUCCUCUCCAAUUUCAAGACA